AUGGGUAGGAGGACUUGUCUCCUGCUGGUGGUGGUGGCGGUGGUGUCAGUGACUGGAGUUCUUUCUGCCGCGCUCCAUCACGCCAAUGAGGACGACACUGAAGCCGAGCAUCUCUUGAGACAAAAGCGAGAGGCCCAUCGCAGUGCCGUUGCCAUUGCUAGCAUUGGUGGAAGCGGCGGAUGUUCCACCUGCGGCAGUAGUGGCAGUGGAGGAUAUGGCAGAGGAAGCAGCUUUGGAGGUGGAGGCUUUGGAGGAGGUGGAGGCUUCGGAGGACUUGGAGGCUUUGGAGGAGGCUUUGGAGGUCACAAUGGUGGAGGCUGUUCAGGGGGACUCUGUGGUGGAGGAGGAAACUACGGCGGAGACAGCUGUGGAAGUGGUGAAUGCGGUGGAGGCUGUGGAAGUGGAGGCUGUAGUCGCAGCGGCGGCAGCGGAUUCGGCGGUGCGUGGAGCAGUGCCUCAUCCUUUAGCAGCUCAGGAUACAGGGGACGCCGCUCUCCACAGUCUGAACCAGCGGCGGGCGAGGGACAGCCAUCGCAGGAGGAUGUGUCAGUGGAAGAGGAAGUCGGCGGCAGGACGGUGCGUGAGGCCAAGAGAAGAAUACCUAUCGGCUCAGGCUCUUGGAGUGGGUCCGCCUCGAUCAGCGGCUCUGGAUCAGGCUCUUCUGAAUCAGGAUCUGGUUCUAUUAGCGGAUCAUGGGGCGGGUCAGGAAGCGGAUCAGGGAGUGGCUCGGCAUCAGGGAGUGGAUCGUGGGGUGGAUCAGGCAGUGGAUCCGCCAGUGGUUCAAUAUCAGGGAGUGGAUCAGGAUCAGGGUCUGGCUCAGGCUCAGGCUCCAUUAGUGGGUCGUGGGGCGGGUCAGGUGGUGGAUCAGGCAGCGGGUCGGUAUCAGGCAGUGGAUCGUGGGGUGGAUCUGGCUCAGAAUCCUCAAGCCAGCCCGGUGUGGUGUAUAGUAUAAUCGAUAUCUUCCCAAGCAUUAAUCAGGGUGCAUCCUCGGCCCUGCACGGUAGUCGACACACGCCUGAUCUCUCACGCCACACGCCGCUGUCCUGUUCUGAUCCACUUAUCGCUUUGCGUGAAGCAGCUAUGCACAGGUGUGCUGUGCUGCUGCUGCUGCUGGCGGCGACGGCGGUGCUGGCCGAGGUCCACCGCCACCAGCGAAGUCUAGGCCACCAUGACUAUGUUGGCCACGACCAUACUGACCACGAUCAAGCAGCUUCUUCCCGUGUAAGAAGACACGGCGUUCACGGCAAUCACAACCACGGUCACAACCAUGGCGGCGGCUCGCUCACUAACAAACCAGGUGUUGGUGGCGACAACCCAGGUGGAAAUUUCGGCGGCGGCUCGCUCACCAACAAGCCUGGCGUCGGCGGCAACUUUGGCGGCAAUCCAGGCGGAAACUUCGGGGGCGGCUCGCUCACCAAUAAGCCCGGGGUCGGCGGCAACCAAGGCGGAAACCUCGGCGGCGGCUCGCUCACCAAUAAGCCUGGCGUCGGCGGCAACCUCGGUGGCAACCAAGGCGGAAACUUCGGCGGCGGUUCACUCACUAAUAAGCCUGGAGUCGGAUUCAGGCAAAUUCAUCGGCGGGCAGCCAGAGGAGCGGCAGCGGUAGCUAAGGAAGAAGCCAGCCUGUCGCGAGCCACCAGGGAGGCGAGUCGGAAGCCGUGCCUCCUGUGUAACCUUGGCAGCGGCGGCGGCGGCGGCGGCGGAAGUGGCAGCGGUUCCUGGAGCGGUUCAUUCAGCGUCAGUGGUUCUAAAGGGUCCGGGUCCGGUUCCAUUAGUGGUUCACUCGGUGGCUCUAAGGGGUCAGGAGGAUCAGGGUCCGUCAGUGGCUCCUUCGGUGGCUCUAAGGGCUCAGGCUCAGGCUCAGCGAGUGGAUCUUUUAGUGGAUCGGGCUCCGGCUCAGGCUCAGGAUCAGGAUCAGCGAGUGGAUCGUUCAGUGGAUCGGGCUCUGGCUCAGGCUCAGGCUCAGGAUCCAUCAGCGGUUCAUUUGGAGUGGUGGAUCAGGUGGUGGAUCAGGUGGAGGUUUUGGUGGUGGUGGUGGAUCAGGAGGUGGAGGCUUUGGUGGAGGUGGUUCAGGAGGUGGAGGCUUCGGAGGUGGUGGAUCGUCAGGCGGUGGAUCUGGAGGCGGAUUCGGUGGUGGUGGUGGAUCAGGAGGUGGAUCAGGAGGCUUCGGAGGUGGUGGAUCCGGAGGUGGAUUCGGUGGUGGAGGUGGAUCUGGAGGCGGCUUCGGAGGUGGCUCAGGAGGCGGUGGAUCAGGAAGCGGUGGCGGCUUCGGAGGUGGAUCGGGAGGCGGCGGCGGCUUCGGAGGUGGAUCGGGAGGUGGCGGCGGCUUCGGAGGUGGAUCAGGAGGCGGCGGCAGGAGGCGGCGGCGGCUUUGGCGGUGGAUCAGGAGGCGGCGGCGGCUUUGGCGGUGGAUCAGGAGGCGGCAGCGGCUUUGGAGGUGGAUCAGGAGGCGGUGGCGGCUUUGGCGGCGGAGGUGGAGGAGGCGGCGGCUUUAGUGGAGGCGGAGGAAGCGGAGGUCGGGGUUGCCUGACCAACAAACCCGGAGUGUUGUGUCCUGGGGGAGGAGUGCAGGUCGGGGGCAGUGGGGGUGGCUAUGGUGGAGGUGACGGAGGCGCGUGGGCCACAGGGGGCGCCUAUACCUCUGACGGUAGCGGCGUAAAGGGCCUGCGAGUGAACCUGCUCAUAAGACUGGUGUGGCAGCAAGAGCAUCGCUUCUCUGCUCACCCCUCCGCUCCUCAGCAAGCGGAGAAUGGUCAUGGCGAUGCACAAUGCAAGGCCAUCAGGCGCACACAAGUUAUUUAA